AUGUCACGAGAUCAAACAACACAAGAUUUGAAAGACAAAUUGGCUUGUCAAAAUAGUCAAAUAUGCGUACUUAAGGAGAAUUUGCUCACAUAUGACAAAGAUAUUUCGAAGAGAGACGAUUUAAAAUGCAGACUGCACAAUUUACAACAGUGGAUAGAAGACGUUGAUUGUAAAGUGAAACAAUCGAACAAUGAUGUGUUCAAUAUCAUCAAAAAACAGAAACAAAAGAUAAAAGAAGCUGAAGUGCAAGAAUGCAUGUUGCGAUCCGAAAACACUAGACUGCAUAACGCAAAUGACUGUAUCGCUGAGAAGCUAAACACACUAAUCCGGAAAGAACAAGCACUAACCGCCGAAAUUGAGAAAUUGGAAUCGUGUAAAGUCAAUAUCCAAAAAGAACUGUGCACUGUUCAAGCUCGUGUGGAAGAAUUGAAGUGUCAAGUCAACAGCCUGAAGCAAACGCUCAAGACGAAGGAAGAAGACUGCGAAAACGUAAGGAAAUCGCUGACGGCGAGCGAGGCCGAGUGCAAACGUUUGUGUGCUGCUUGCUGUGCUGCCAAGUGUGCGCUGGAACGGUCGAUGGCCGACGCGGCGGACGUCAAGUGUCGGUCGAAGAAGACUGAAGAAUGUCUGAAGCGGGAGCGGUGUGCGCUGGCGGAAAAGCUGGAGAACAAGGAACGAGAUCUGCGAGUCGCCAAAGCCGAGCUGGAUACGGCCGUCCGGACAUCGGCCGAGCUUAGGUCAAACGCGAACAAGCUGGAGGCUGCGAUAGUCGAGCUGCGGGAGACGAUGGCCCGGGAGAAGUGCGAGGGGGAGGCGGCAGUGCGCGCCCUGAAGGAGGAAAACUGCGCCGAGUCGGAAAAAUUGUGCCGGGCCAAAGAAGAGCUGACCGAAGCGCGACGCAACAACGGGUUGGCGGCCUCCAAAAACGAGUCGCUUAAGUGCCAGGUGCGGACCAACGAGUGCCAAGUGAACGAACUGCGGCACUCAGCCGAGUCGAACAACCGGGCCAAGGACGAGAAGGUCGAACGCCUGGAGCGGGAACGCUGCACGCUAGCCGAUGACCUGCGGUGCAAGAAGAAGAAGAUCGCCGACUUGGAGCGACAGUUGUGCCGCAUGCGCGACGAGGCCCGCCCGUGUGGUGCUGUCAGCAGCGGCUGUGGGGGUAUGAUGGGUGGUUGUGGGGGUGCGUGCCCGAGCAUCCCCGACUGCUGUCCUUCCGAAGACGCAGUCAAUCGGCAGGACAUGCUCUGCUGCGACUCCAACGAUUCGUCCUUCAUUGACGUGCUGAAGAGACUGUACAGUGACCUGAACAGCAUCAAGGUCAAAUCCUGCAAACUGGACACGUCCAACCCCAUGUACCACUGAUC